AAGAGCUGAGCAAGUACUGCUGCCUCCUGGGUGAUGUCUGAGGAUUUGCUUGCAGUCAGAAGGAUCCUGCCUGCCACCUAUCUGCCGCACAGCACAGAGAAGGGAAAGUGAAUUCCAGGACAGCCAGCUUGUCUGUUUCUCAGCAUGCAGUAGUAAUGAGAAGCAGGAAAGCGAGAAGAGCCGGAGACACACACACAGAGGAAUAGGGGGGGAGAGAGAGGAGCACAUCUGCACGGGAUCUGCUAAGCUAAGCCAAGCCUAGCAAGCAGCGAACCUAUGCAUCCAGAACCUGGAUCUCGAGGCUGGUGACCCAGAAACUCCACUGGAUCUGCAACUAUGACAAGGAGGGAGGGACACUGAUCUGGAAGGGCUGUGACUAGGCGAAUUGUAACAGGAAGGGGAAUUUUUUUUUUUUUCUUCCUCCAGAUCUGCUGGAGUCCAGCCUGCUUCGCUGAAAGAAUGGAAGCACUGGCAGUUUGACUCUUCAGGGAUUGGCCGCAAGGGAACACCACUUCAACAAUGUAAAUCUUGGCCACCCAUCAGUCAAUGUGCCGAUUCCAAUCAUUUGCCAAAAGGCUUGGAAGUCAAGAAGAUCUCAUGAGAAGACUACAAAGCCAGUGGAAUGUUUCUCAGUUCAAAGAACCUACUACAAGAAGUCGACAGGAGCCUGAAAACGAUGUGAAAGUUGCAGAAAAGGCUGUGGAAAAAUCAAUCCUUUGAGGCCCAGGACAGAGCUCCGCCCAUUAUAUUGUGGGGGCGGGGCUAACAAGCUGCUGAAUCUCAUUAUUUGAAUGGCGGGAGAAAAACAGCUUCUCCCCAGCUUUUUCUAAUGCAGUGCUGAGAGAUGGUAUUGCAAGAUGUCUGGGGACUAUGAAGAGGAUUUUUGUCGCAGCACAAUGAUGCUGAUGAGAGAGCUGUGCUAUAGGAUUGAACAGGAUGAAAAAUGUCUGGAGUUCUUUGAACUACAGAGAACUCAAGGGAUAAACCACUACACAAACGCUGAUGUCUCGGUUAGCCUGCUCUCUGUAAUUGUCACCUUCUGUGGAAUUGUUCUCCUUGGAGUUUUGCUCUUUGUCUCCUGGAAAUUAUGUUGGAUUCCAUGGAGGGACAAAGGUUCUUCCCAGACUCAACGCAAAGAUCAUGGACACCAUGGGCAUCUUCACCACUCUCACUAUGGGGACUUGUUGGUGGAUAGAGUCGAGCUUGGAGUUGAGAUGCCUGAACGCUCUUAUUUAGAUAUGGACUCCUACCCAGAAGUCAACCUUAAAAUCAGUCAGACUUCUCCAGACAUACCAGUAGAUAGCCAGGGUGUGGCUAAGGAAUCACAGAUGCCUUAUGCACAGUCACACCAGCAAUUCUGUGAGCCCUUCACAAGUUCUAGAUACAGCACGUUACCCAGACCCAUGACACAGCAGUUGUCCAGUCCUGAUUUUUCAGGCCAUGUGGAUGAGAAACCAGAUCAGGCCACCAGUAUUGGACAGAUAAAGCCAGAGUUAUAUAAACAGCGUUCAGCAGAUGCAGAGAUGAAGAAACUGGAAGCAACGAGCUGUGGGCGUAUCAGUUUUAUCCUUCGAUAUGCCUACAAUACAGAACAGCUGGUGGUAAAGAUACUGAAGGCUCUAGACCUACCUGCAAAGGAUGCCAAUGGAUUCUCAGAUCCUUAUGUAAAGAUGUACCUGCUUCCUGAUCGAAAGAAAAAGUUCCAGACUAAAGUUCACCGCAAGACUCUUAACCCAAUCUUUAAUGAAACAUUCCAUUUUAAUGUGCCCGUUAAUGAUCUUCAAAACCGCAAAUUGCACUUCAGCAUUUAUGACUUUGACCGAUUCACCCGACAUGACCUUAUUGGUCAGGUGGUAAUAGACAAUUUGCUGGAAUUCUCAAAUCCAGCAGAAGAAGUUCCCAUCUGGAGAGACAUCCUAGAAGGCAGCUCUGAAAAAGCGGACUUAGGAGAAAUAAACUUUUCAUUGUGUUACUUGCCAACUGCUGGACGCCUUACUGGCACUAUCAUCAAAGCCACCAACUUGAAGGCCAUGGAUCUGACUGGUUUCUCAGAUCCGUACGUGAAAGCUUCUCUUAUCUGUGAGGGCCGGAGACUAAAAAAGCGGAAGACAUCUAUAAAGAAGAACACGCUGAACCCAACUUAUAACGAGGCACUAGUGUUUGACAUUCCUAAUGAAAAUAUGGACAAUGUGAGCCUCACCAUUACUGUAAUGGAUUAUGAUUGUAUAGGUCAUAAUGAAGUCAUUGGGAUGUGCCGAGUGGGCAGCGACGCAGACAUGCCUGGCAGAGAACACUGGAACGAGAUGUUGGCAAACCCUAGAAAGCCCAUUGAACACUGGCAUCAGCUGGUUGAGGAAAAGGCACUGGCCAGUUUCGUGACAAAAUCUUCCCCGCCGCGGGAGAAGCCGAGUAUAGUAGUGGACAAUACACUGUCUGACUAGUCAUUUCCACUAGAGAGGAAGAGAGAAACAGAUCAGGAGAGCUGUAUCUGAGCCACAGGCUGUGCUCUGUCUGUUUCCUCUUCAUCCCACCUGUUUAAUGAGCAGGGCACAAGACUCCCGAGAAGGACAAAAUGAAGACAAGGCUGUAAAAAACAACUGCACCAGAACAAAAAUGUAGAUUUCCUUAAAGCCAUAGAUUAUUCACGUACAUUUUGGUUGAAACGACGCCAAGCCAUGGUGAACUUCAAUAAGGCCUUUCUGACCUCUGGGUCAGAAAGACACAAAGUGAGGACACACGCUAAAUAGUCACUCACCAUUUCAAACUCAAGCAAUGCACUAAAUAUAGCAUGGGUGAUAAAGAAAGGAGGAGACGUUGAACAUUGAUAAAUCAUUUACAUGAAGCAACCAUUUAGAAACUUUAAGUCAGAGUGAAUUGCAUGUAAUGGAAAAGCCUCUCUUCUCAGCCUCAUUUUGCCUCCUGGGAUAGGGGAUACAAUGCUUGACUUCCAAAGCAAUGCCGCUGUGGUCUUUUGGCUCGUUUCCCAGGUUAACAGCUAUUGGCUUGGUUACAACGCUUGCCUCAUCUCUUGAGUGUUCCCCAUGCAGACACCAUGGAUCGUAAGGAUGGGAACUGUGAUAUCAUGUACGUGGUGCUCCGCCACACACAUUUAUUUCACCAAUGUUGUGGUGAAAGCAGCGGCUUUGGUGAAGAGCUGUUGUUUCAAAAAGGUGGUAACAACUAGUCAAUGGAAAUGCAGGAGCACGUGUACGACUCUUGCUGUAAGAUGUAAGCACUUUUCUGUUGACUGUCUUUCUAAUGCUUCAUGUAAUAAUGUACAUUAUGUAUGUGUGAGCCUGACCAAAUUAAGUCCAGUUGAGUGGUCCUUGGUGGGUUUCACCUUUCUAAUAAUAAAAAAAAGGGGGUAAUUUUGCCAUUGUCGUAAUGGUGAGCGAGAUUUCUGAAUUUAAUUCAUUGUUCUAUGUUUGUGGUGAUGAUCAUGACAACUUUCUGAAAGGUUUGUCUUCCAGUCCAGACAUGAAAUAUAUGGGUUGUAAUAUCCUUCCAGUGUACAAAUUCGCUUUG